AUGAAAGGGGGUCACCAAGGCUACCUCAUCGUCGAAGCAGAUGGGACGCAAAUAUACAUGACCAGUACGAGUUCGCCGGACGGUGAAUGCUGUAUAUGGUACCGAGCUCCUGACGAUGUUCUCGAAACAAUGAAGGACGACGACAACAACAAUGAAUCGCGUCAGUGGGCCACGAAAGAACCGCAAGCAGAUGCGCGUCCAACUUUGGUAAACGCGUGUUCAUGA